AUGGCUCGCAGGACCCGCGGUGAGGAGCAAGAUGAGCUGCAUUACCAGGACACAGACUCGGAUGUGCCAGAGCAGCGGGAGAACAGGUGCAAGGUCAAGUGGACUCACGAAGAGGAUGAAUGGCUGAAGACGCUAGUGAAGCAGUUUGGACAGAGUGACUGGAAGUUCCUGGCAAGUCACUUUCCCAACCGCACCGAUCAGCAAUGCCAGUACCGGUGGUUGAGGGUGUUGAAUCCAGACUUGGUUAAAGGGCCUUGGACUAAGGAAGAGGAUCAGAAGGUAAUUGAAUUGGUUAAAAAAUUUGGCACAAAGCAAUGGACACUGAUAGCAAAAUACCUGAAAGGCAGGCUGGGGAAGCAGUGCCGGGAACGCUGGCACAACCACCUGAACCCCGAGGUGAAGAAGUCCUCGUGGACGGAGGAGGAGGACCGAAUCAUUUUUGAGGCUCACAAAGUUCUGGGGAACCGCUGGGCUGAGAUUGCCAAGCUGCUGCCUGGGAGGACUGACAAUGCUGUGAAGAACCACUGGAACUCCACCAUCAAACGGAAAGUGGACACAGGAGGUUUCCUCAGUGAAACAAAAGACUCUGAGUCCCUGUACUUGUUGGUGGAGGUGGAGGGCGAAGAAAGCCAAAGUGUCCAGAGUGCCAGGAACCAGAAAAACCUACACGCUAGCUGGCCUGCUGAUACCUUGGAAAUAAAGGAGGAAGAAGCCAGUGAGGAGGAAGCAACUGGCUUCCAGGAGCUGCCCUCUGAGCAAGCAGCUGCAACACUGGCAGAGGACAAUGCCGAGGGGGCCCCAAAGGACGUGGCGCCUGAAGACGCAUCGCCGGACGGCACCUUUCCAUACAAAUGGGCAGCUGACACUGCCAACUACUUGAGCCUGACUUCGGGACCAGCCUUUACGGAAGCUCUGGAUAUGAUGGAAUCGGACCCAGACGGGUGGUGUGACCUGAGUCACUUCGACUUGCCCGAGGAUCCAGCCGCUGGCGACAGCAGCAGCAACAGCCCGGUCAGACAAGCCCCCAGGAAGCCCCCAGCUCCUGUACCCCACGUGACAGAGUAUCGCCUGGAUGGCCACACCAUUUCAGACCUGAGCAAAAGCAGCAAGGGCGAGCUGAUCCCCAUCUCCCCCCACUCAGAGGUGAGCUCUGGCACGCCGCCCUCUGUGCUCAAGAGGCAGAAGAAGAGGAAGAUCUCCCUCUCGCCCGUCACGGAGAACACCAGCUACUCCUUCAUAGACUCCUGUAACAGCAUGACGCCCAAGAGCACCCCGGUCAAGACGCUGCCCUUCUCCCCCUCCCAGUUCUUAAACUUCUGGACCAAACAGGAUACACUGGAGUUGGAGAACCCGUCCCUGACCUCCACUCCUGUGUGCAGUCAGAAGGUGAUAGUGACCACCCCGCUGCACAGGGACAAGACUCCGCUGCACCAGAAAAACUCAGCGUUUGUCACCCCAGAUCAGAAAUACGUAGCAGACAACACGCCCCACACGCCCACACCUUUUAAGAACGCCCUGGAAAAGUAUGGCGCGAUGCGGCCACUGCCGCAGACCCCUCACCUGGAAGAAGACUUGAAGGAAGUGCUCCGGAGCGAAGCUGGCAUCGAGUUGAUCAUAGAGGAUGACGUGAAGCCUGACAAACAGAAAAGGAAACAAGGACUGCACCGGAGUCCCAUCAAGAAAGUCCGGAAGUCUCUCGCCUUGGACAUUGUGGAUGAGGAUGUGAAGCUGACUGUGUCCACCAUGCCUAGGUCCAUCUGCUUCAAAAGAGCACAGCCUGUGAGUUUCCUCUCGAGGUCUCUAAACCUUUCCUCCUCAAGCAGCAAGGACGACAGCGGUUUGCUCAAUAGGGGGUUCGUGCAGGUGCAGGUGAAGACCGAGAAGACUUCAUCCUCCAGGAAGAUCCCAAGCCAAUUCAGACCACCCGCUCCGAUGUCCAGUGCAUGGAAAGUAGUGGCUUGUGGUGGAACCCGAGACCAGCUCAUCAUGCAAGAGAAAGCUCGGCAGAUCUUAGGUGCAUUAAAACAGAGCCACACGUCAAGGACAUUGAUCUUAUCAUGA